AUGAAGACGAUCCUAGCGUCCGAGACGAUGGACAUUCCUAAGGACGUGAAGCUGGAGAUUAAGGCGAAGAAGGUCCGCGUAACUGGGCCACGUGGCAAGCUGUUUAGGGACUUCCGUCACCUGAACCUCGAUUUCCAAAUCGUCGAGGACGGGGCGAAGCUUAAGGUCGAUGCGUGGUUCGGCACGCGCAAGACGAUGGCGUCGAUUAGAACGGCCAUCAGCCACGUGCAGAAUCUGAUCAAGGGCGUGACGGUGGGCUUCAAGUACAAGAUGCGCCUCGUGUACGCUCAUUUCCCCAUCAACUCGAGCAUCAGCGGCUCCGCCGACAGCAUCGAGAUCCGAAACUUCCUGGGCGAGAAGAAGGUGCGCAAGGUGGCGAUGCUGGAGGGCGUGACGAUAACGCGGUCGGAGAAGGUGAAGGACGAGCUCAUCCUCGAGGGCAACGACAUCGAGCUCGUCUCACGCUCCGCCGCGCUCAUCAACCAGGUUUGCCAUGUGAAGAAGAAGGACAUUCGGAAGUUCCUGGAUGGCAUCUAUGUGAGCGAGAAGGGCAACGUUGUGGAGGAGGCCUGA